AUGCGGGAAGCGAAUCUGGAGCCCGACAGCAUCAGUUACACUGUUGGGAUCAGCGCGUGUGGGAAGCGGGCAGCUAUGGCAGUGGGCGAGCUCGGCAGCGGGGCAGCGGACGAGCCAUGGCAGCGGGCGCUGGCGCUACUCAGCGAAAUGCGGGAGGCGAAGCUGGAGCCCAACGUCAUGCGGGAAGGUCGACCUCUGGCAGCAGGCGCUCGCGCUACUCAGCGAGAUGCAGGAGGCGACUACAAUUCUGGUCUUCGCCGUGCGAAAGGGGUGAGAAGGUCGCGAGAUGCCCCCGAGCGCCCACCCAGAGCGCCCCGCCGCUUCCAGACGGCUCCAGAGAACCCCUACGUGGCUCCGAGACGGCCUCAGGCAGCCCCACUACCGCUCCGAGACGCUCGGGACGGCGGGAGGACGUCCCAAGAGAAACCGAACUAA